GUCAGGCGUAGUAAUACACGCUAAGAGCGCAUGGCGAGUGGAGCGUCUGCAGAGGCUGCGCGAAGUGGGAACUGCUUUCGAUUGUUGGCGGGCGCCGCCAUCUUGGUCAGUGAGCUUGCGAGUGGCUGUACGACGAGGUGUACGUAUUUCGGUGAAACGAGUAUUUGGUGCGAUUUCCCUGAAAUCUUUCGUCUACCCGUGAAAUCCACGAGCAUCCAAGAUGUCGGAACGGGAGGACAACGUUUAUAAAGCGAAAUUGGCUGAGCAAGCAGAGCGCUAUGACGAAAUGGUCGAGGCGAUGAAGAAGGUCGCCUCGUUGGAUGUGGAGUUAACCGUCGAAGAGAGGAAUCUUCUUUCUGUCGCUUACAAAAAUGUGAUUGGCGCGAGAAGGGCAUCCUGGAGAAUAAUCUCCAGCAUCGAACAAAAGGAAGAGAACAAAGGUGCCGAGCGGAAACUAGAGAUGAUCCGCCAGUACCGAUCUCAGGUUGAAAAAGAGCUGAAAGACAUCUGCGCCGAUAUCCUCGGAGUUUUAGACAAACAUUUGCUCCCAUGUGCAUCUACUGGCGAAUCGAAAGUCUUCUAUUAUAAAAUGAAGGGUGAUUAUCACCGUUACCUUGCUGAAUUCGCCGUUGGCAACGAUAGGAAGGAAGCCGCAGAGAAUUCUUUGGUCGCUUAUAAAGCAGCAAGUGACACCGCCAUGACGGAUCUACCACCAACUCAUCCCAUCCGCUUAGGAUUGGCGCUCAACUUUUCCGUGUUCUAUUAUGAGAUUCUCAAUAGCCCUGAUAGAGCAUGUCGUCUUGCGAAGGCAGCCUUUGACGACGCGAUCGCGGAACUAGACACCUUAUCCGAGGAGAGUUACAAAGAUUCUACCCUCAUUAUGCAGCUUCUUAGGGACAAUCUUACUCUAUGGACGUCAGACAUGCAAGGAGACGGGGAGGGCGAACAAAAGGAGCAGUUGCCAGACGUGGAAGAUCAGGACGUAUCGUAACUCUAACUGUAGUGAGUGUUAUUAUGCGUAUAUAAAACUGAAAAAACACAAGAAAGCAAAAAACUCUUAAUAACUUGUAAGCAAACUUGUAAGAAAACAAUUCAGCAGGUGGCAGUUCGGGGUGGGAAGGGGAGAUCUUUAACACGGUUGCGUGUUCUAAGCACGCACGUACGGUUAUUCCAAAAAAAAAAAAAAAGUAAAUACAAAAAUGAAAAAAAAAAAAAAUAUCAUUCGAAAUAAUACACACUAAAUUACGAAGCGCGCAGAAAAGUUAUAAAAAAUAAAAGGACAUACUCAUUAAACGCGGUUAAAUAGAAAAGCUGCAAGAGCGUGUGUAGAGAGGCAUUAUUCUUUGCCUUCUUUGCGUAUCGAGAAGAGAAAAAAGAUGCUGUCUCUUUCAGUGUACGAUGUCGAGAACCAGUUGAGUUGGCACCGACUGUUGCAGCGCGUAGUCAUAUAUUCGAUCGUAAUAGCAAUGAAACCAGAAAAGCAUCAGAAAUGAAAUAAAAAAAAAAAAGAAAAAAAAAAGAAAAGGAAUAUGCGCUAAUCCAGUCGGAAUAAACUCUCAUUUUUGUUUGCUCCAGCGAGUGAGAAAUAAGGAAUAAGCAUUAUCCUCUCCGCAAUGUUUUAUCAAUAACGAAUUAAUGGCUCGACGUCGAUCGAAAUGCAUAUUGUGUUCGUUUGUUUUCACCCCACCCCCAAUCUCCUCCUCCUCGUCCUCUUCCCCGCUUUUUUACUGCGCGCAUCAUUAUUCUCGCAUACUAUGAUAAAUAACGAAUAUUAUUAAUGUAUGCGUGUAAAUCGAGUGUAAAUCAUUCGUUUAUCUAAGGGAUAAACUCGUCUCCUCCCCAGAGCUGGAGUUACAUGGUUGAUCGAUUAACUGAAAAAACAGUUGGAAAAACAGUUAAGAUAGAACCAUGCACCUUCAUCUCUGUUUUCUGUAUAAGAUAUUAUUGAAUGUACUUCCGACGAAGUCCCAGUUUGCAAAGCAAGUAAUUUCAUACAUCAUACACAUACAUAGGUCUUGAGCAUGGGUUCUCUCGUAUAGUUAACUUGUAAACUAUUCGUUCAAGAACGUGUGCUUGCCGCGAAAGCGAUGUACUUAAAAAAAAAAAAAGAAAAAAGAAAAAAAAGAAGAAACGCAAUAACAUCUUUGUCUUUAUGUCUUAAGUCUGGCUUUCGCAGUAUCAAAUUUUAUGUUAAGUCGAAAACAAAUUCUUUUUAAUUUUGUGAGUAAGAGAAAAAUAUAUAUAUUCGCUAUUCUCGUCGUAAAUAGAUAUAUUCUUUCAUAUACCAAUCAGUUGUGUCUCCUCUGUGUGACGAAAGAGCAAUCUGAUCUUCGAAAGAAGGCUGAAAAGAAAAAAAUCAUGGUUGAUGAGCAUUUUUAAUAAUAAUAAAAAAAAAAAAAAAAAAGAAAAGGGAAGAGAGAUUAUGUUUCGCAGACGGAAAAAAAUAGCAGGAAACAAGUAAACUAACCUAGCUAGUCUGUAAUUGUGGUUGUACUUUUUCAUACGCCUCUUCUGUAAACUAUAACGAUCGCUGUGGUAUAACAAAUUACAGAAUAAACAAUUGUAUCCCGACUCGUUCUUCACCCGCGCUCACUUUCGCUAUAUUAUCACUGUCCUCGAUUCCACUAUAUCUUAGUUGAUCUUAGCCAUACGUCCAUUCACCUUUUUAUCGUCGAUGAACCGUUCCGUCGAUUUUAGCUUAUGAAAAAAAAAAAAGAAAAGAAAAGAGAGAAAUAAACGGGAAACAUUCCAAUAAAAAAAAAAAAAAAGAAACGCUAAGAGAGGCUUCGUUUAUUAUUAUUAAAAAUCCGUGAAAUUUGCGCAUUUUGAGUAAUAAAUAGUAUUUAGUAAUACAAUAGAAUUAUUCGUUUGUCGAGAUAAAUAUUAUCGGUUCGAAAAUUUGUGCGAUAUGGACAAAUUUUUUUAAACAAAAACAUCUCUUAAGUGCAAUGUUUCUGUAUUCAAUAACAUAGAAUAUUAAUAUUUUGCUUGAUGAUGAUUAAAAAAAUGCAAAGAAAUUACAUACUGCAUAUUUUUCAAUAUUUAUAUUACAUUAAGUUUUUCUGCUUUUCACUGUGUUACAUGUUUCGAAACCAGAAUUUUUUUCGCGAUUAAAAAAAAAAAAUAUCGAAGACACUUUCGUUGAGCACCCGUGUAAUAAGCGUGCAGCAAAAAAGCGAGGUUUGAUAUUUAAGUGGAAAAAGAAAAAAAAAUAAAAAAAAAAAAAACGAAGGCGAAGAAAACGCGCAAAAUGAAAAAUCGAGAGCUCUGCCUAGAAAUUUUUAGUGUACAUCGUGCCCCUGUAUUUUAGGUAUUAAUAACACGAUACAAAUUGAUAAUCAUGUUAUAAAAUAAAGUUAUAAAGAAUAAUUCAAGUAAUAUCAACGGCACCGUAAGUAAAUAUAUACGAUUUAAUCUUAAGAUCGUAAAGUUAGGAUAUCGAAGAAAAAAAAAAAAAA